AUGGAAUAUUUGAUACUGAAAAUGUCUUACUGCCUGUUCAUCCUUCUGUUUCUCACGCCUGGCAUUUUAAGCAUUUGUCCUCUCCAAUGUAUAUGCACAGAGAGGCACAGGCAUGUGGACUGUUCAGGCAGAAACUUGACUACAUUACCAUCGGGACUGCAAGAGAACAUUAUACAUUUAAAUUUGUCUUAUAACCAUUUUACUGAUCUGCAUAACCAGUUAACCCAAUAUACCAAUCUGAGGACCCUGGAUAUUUCAAACAACAGGCUUGAAAGUCUGCCUGCUCAGUUACCUCGGUCUCUCUGGAACAUGUCUGCUGCUAACAACAACAUUAAACUUCUUGACAAAUCUGAUACUGCUUAUCAGUGGAACCUUAAAUACCUGGAUGUUUCUAAGAAUAUGCUGGAAAAAGUUGUUCUCAUUAAAAAUACCCUAAGAAGUCUUGAGGUUCUCAACCUCAGCAGUAACAAACUUUGGACAGUUCCAACCAACAUGCCUUCCAAACUACAUAUUGUGGACCUGUCUAAUAACUCACUGACACAAAUCCUUCCAGGGACACUAAUAAACCUGACAAAUCUCACACAUCUUUACCUGCACAACAAUAAAUUCACAUUCAUUCCAGAUCAAUCUUUUGACCAACUCUUGCAGCUGCAAGAGAUAACGCUUCAUAAUAACAGGUGGUCAUGUGACCAUAGACAAAACAUUACUUACUUAUUGAAGUGGAUGAUGGAAACAAAAGCCCAUGUGAUAGGGACUCCUUGUUCUGACCAAGUAUCUUCUCUGAAGGAACAGAUGUACCCCACACCUCCUGGAUUUACCUCAAGCGUAUUUACUAUCAGUGGGAUGCAGACAGUAGACACCAUUAACUCUCUGAGUAUGGUAACUCAACCCAAAGUGACCAAAAUGCCCAAACAAUAUCGAGGAAAGGAAACAUUUGGUGUCACACUAAGCAGCGAUACCACUUUUACUAGCACUGAUAAGGCUUUGGUGCCCUAUCCAAAAGACACAUCCACAGAAAUGACCAAUUCACAUGAAGCAGCAGCUGCAACUCUAACUAUUCACCUCCAUGAUGGAAUGAUUUCAAACACAAGCCUCACUAGUGCAACAAAAUCACCCCCAACACCCAUGACCCUAAGUAUCACUAGUGGCAUGCCAAGUAACUUCUCUGAAAUGCCUCAACAAAGCACAACCCUCAACUUACGGAGGGAAGAAACAACUGCAAAUGUAAAGACUCAACUACCUUCUGCGGCUAGUGCUUGGAAAGUAAAUGCUUCACUUCUCUUUAUGCUCAAUGCUAUGGUCAUGCUGGCUAGUUGA